AUGAAUGCUACAGUUAUGAAUGCUGAAGCAGGGUCAACAAGUAGGUCACGGCUGAGCCUGUCCAUCGUGCAGCUGAGCUCAAAGUGCGGUCAAAGUGUUCAUAAAUCUGAAGUAACUGACGUGAGCGGGGCGCCGGGGGGCGGGUCGAGGCCGGCCAACUCACUUACGCUCUCCACUCGGCCCCAUCGCCCGCUGAUUGGAAUUAAGGCAGCCGGCUCUGGGUGCCAACUG